GACAAGGGUUUUCGUUUCGCAAUGGUAAAUCCAUUUAGCCGAGAUUCGAACGCGACAUGAACGCCUCAAGCUCUUAAGUGACUUUUCAUUGUCCUUUUUUGCGCACCUGUACUGCUCCCCCAGACACCAGCUUGGUGCCUGAGGCACGUCUAUGAAAAUUAGUGAGAUCUCCUUGGAGGGGGUUCGUAUUGCCAUUAUUAUCUAGCCCCCACCAUGCGCUCGGCCUUCCUCAAGUAAUAUGUGUAGUAUGUGGCAGAGGCGUCCCCUUGAUGUAUUGGGAAAUGACAUUUCCCGUGAGGGUACCAUGCUCCCUGAAGCAAUUCUCGAGGCAACAUCUGUGUUUUGUCCAUUACAGUUAUCGGGACGUUUUGGAUUUGCGGAAAGUGAUAUCCAGAUUGUUCCUUUGUCCAUUUCCCCAAAUAUCUGCUGUUCUCACUUUGCUCAGCUUAUUCGCAGGCAGGUUACUGCCUCUUUGUCAGACAACCCGGCAAGAUCUAAGCAUCUUCUGCGAAUCUACAGCCUUGAGCUUCCCACCCUGGACCUCCACAUCUCACAGAGAUGGCUCUUCCUGCGAUCACUGAUGUGGUUCCGUUGUUUUGCUUCCUCGGAAAGCUCCGCUGGGCUGCGUUUGGCCCGGCUGUGGCGUUGUAUUCAGCUGUCCUUGACUCGUGUUUCUUUGAGCGGAUCCGGUACGGACUUCGUAUGUUGACUGUGGAGCUUCCACAGAGUUUGGAUUAGUGUACGUGAUCGAAUGGACAGGGCGAUUCCGUCCCAAUU